CAUGGAGUCUCUCCUGCUGCCGGUGCUACUGCUGCUGGCUGUACUGUGGACCCAGGCGGCCGCCCUGAUUAACCUAAAAUACUCGGUCGAAGAGGAGCAGCGCGCCGGGACGGUAAUCGCUAAUGUGGCCAAGGACGCUCGGGAGGCAGGCUUCGCGAUGGAUACCCGACAGGCUUCUGCUUUCCGCGUGGUGUCCAACUCGGCUCCGCACCUGGUGGACAUCAACCCCAGCUCGGGCCUCUUGGUCACUAAGCAGAAGAUUGACCGAGACCUCCUGUGCCGCCAGAGCCCCAAGUGUAUUAUCUCCCUAGAGGUCAUGUCCAGCUCAAUGGAGAUCUGUGUGAUUAAGGUGGAGAUCAAAGACCUGAACGACAAUGCUCCCAGUUUUCCGGCCGCACAGAUUGAGCUGGAGAUCUCCGAGGCAGCCAGCCCCGGCACGCGCAUCCCACUGGACAGCGCAUAUGACCCGGACUCAGGCAGUUUUGGUGUGCAGACCUACGAGCUCACGCCCAACGAGCUGUUUGGCCUGGAAAUAAAGACGCGGGGUGACGGUUCGCGCUUUGCUGAACUGGUAGUGGAGAAGAGCCUGGACCGUGAGACACAGUCACAUUACAGCUUUCGCAUUACGGCGCUCGACGGAGGCGACCCACCACACAUGGGCACAGUUGGCCUCAGCAUCAAGGUGACCGACUCGAAUGACAACAACCCGGUGUUUGGCGAGUCCACUUACUCAGUGAGCGUGCCUGAAAACUCACCUCCCAAUACACCCGUCAUCCGCCUCAAUGCCAGCGAUCCAGAUGAGGGCACCAACGGCCAAGUGGUCUACUCUUUCUAUGGUUAUGUCAAUGACCGCACGCGUGAACUCUUCCAAAUUGACCCGCACAGCGGCCUGGUCACUGUCGCCGGUGAGCUAGACUUUGAAGAGGGCCACGUAUACGAACUGGAUGUGCAAGCCAAAGACCUGGGGCCCAACUCUAUCCCUGCACACUGCAAAGUCACUGUCAGCGUGCUAGACACUAAUGACAACCCCCCAAUUAUCAACCUACUGUCGGUCAAUAGCGAGCUUGUCGAGGUGAGCGAGAGCGCCCCCCCGGGUUACGUGAUUGCCCUGGUUCGGGUGUCUGAUCGGGACUCGGGUCUCAAUGGACGUGUGCAGUGCCGCUUGCUGGGCAAUGUCCCCUUUCGGCUGCAGGAGUAUGAGAGCUUCUCCACUAUUCUUGUUGAUGGGCGGCUGGAUCGAGAGCAGCAUGACCAGUACAAUCUUACUAUUCAGGCUCGAGACAGCGGUGUGCCUAUGCUGCAAAGUGCCAAGUCUUUCACUGUGCGUAUCACAGACGAGAAUGACAACCACCCACACUUCUCCAAGCCUUACUAUCAAGUAAUUGUACAGGAGAACAACACUCCUGGCGCCUAUCUGCUCUCUGUGUCUGCCCGCGACCCUGACAUGGGUCUCAAUGGCAGCGUCUCCUACCAAAUUGUGCCAUCACAGGUGAGAGACAUGCCAGUCUUCACCUAUGUCUCUAUCAAUCCCAACUCUGGUGACAUCUAUGCGCUAAGAUCCUUUAACCAUGAGCAGACCAAGGCAUUUGAAUUCAAGGUCCUGGCCAAGGAUGGCGGCUUGCCCUCACUCCAAAGCAAUGCCACAGUGAGGGUCAUUAUCCUAGACGUCAACGACAAUACCCCGGUCAUCACGGCCCCACCUCUGAUCAAUGGCACUGCCGAGGUCUACAUUCCUCGAAACGCAGGCAUAGGCUAUUUGGUGACUGUAGUUAAGGCAGACGAUUAUGAUGAGGGAGAAAAUGGCCGAGUCACCUAUGACAUGACAGAAGGUGACCGAGGUUUCUUCGAAAUAGACCAGGUCAAUGGAGAAGUCAGAACCACUCGCACCUUUAAUGAGAAUUCCAAGGCUUCCUAUGAGCUUAUAGUGGUGGCCCAUGACCAUGGCAAGACAUCUCUUUCAGCGUCUGCCCUUAUCCUAAUCUACCUAUCCCCAGCUCUGGAUGCCCAAGAGUCAAUGGGCUCUGUGAACUUAUCUCUGAUUUUCAUUAUCGCUCUGGGCUCCAUUGCCGGCAUUCUCUUUGUCACUAUGAUCUUCGUGGCAAUCAAGUGCAAGCGUGACAACAAAGAGAUCCGGACCUACAAUUGCAGAAUCGCUGAGUACUCCUAUGGGCAUCAAAAGAAAUCAAGUAAGAAGAAAAAAAUUAGUAAGAAUGACAUCCGCCUUGUACCUCGGGACGUGGAGGAGACAGACAAGAUGAAUGUUGUCAGUUGCUCCUCCCUUACUUCGUCCCUCAACUAUUUCGACUACCACCAGCAGACACUGCCCCUGGGCUGCCGUCGCUCUGAGAGCACUUUCCUGAAUGUGGAGAACCAGAAUACCCGCAACACUACUGCCAGCCACAUCUACCAUCACUCCUUCAACAGCCAGGGCCCACAGCAGCCAGACCUGAUCAUCAAUGGUGUGCCCCUGCCUGAGACUGAAAACUAUUCUUUUGACUCUAACUACGUGAAUAGCCGCGCCCAUUUAAUCAAAAGCAGCUCCACCUUCAAGGACCUAGAGGGCAACAGCCUGAAGGAUAGUGGGCAUGAGGAGAGUGACCAGACUGACAGUGAGCAUGAUGUCCAGAGGAGCCUGUACUGCGAUACUGCUGUGAAUGAUGUUCUGAACACCAGUGUGACCUCCAUGGGAUCUCAGAUGCCUGACCAUGACCAGAAUGAAGGAUUUCAUUGCAGGGAAGAAUGCCGGAUUCUUGGCCACUCUGAUAGAUGCUGGAUGCCCCGGAAUCCCAUGCCCACUCGCUCCAAGUCUCCUGAGCACGUGAGGAACAUCAUCGCUCUGUCCAUUGAAGCUACUGCUGCUGAUGUUGAGGCUUACGACGACUGCGGCCCCACCAAGCGGACUUUCGCGACCUUUGGAAAAGAUGUCAGUAGCCACCGGGCUGAGGAGCGACCCAUCCUGAAAGGCAAGCGGACUGUCAAUGUGACCAUCUGCAGCCCCAAAGUCAACAGCGCUAUCCGGGAGGCCGGCAAUGGGUGUGAAUCUCUUAGCCCUGUCACCUCUCCACUCCAUCUGAAGAGCCCUCUGCCCACCAAGCCUUCCAUGUCUUACACGGUCGUCCUGGCUCCUCCUGCUCAUGAUCUGGAGCACCAUGCCAACAAUGGCGCCUCUCGUCCUUCUGAAGCUGAGCCCCGUGGAGCCGACAGUGAGAAAGUCAUGCAUGAGGUCAACCCUAUUCUGAAGGAAGGUCGUGACAAGGAAUCUCCUGGCGUGAGGCGUCUGAAGGAUAUCGUUCUCUAAACCACUCUCGGUAUGAAGAAGAGAGAACGAAACCACACUGGCUAGUGAAGAUGUAGCAGCUGCUCAUUUUAAUUGCUCACCAAGGGUUGGUUCUUGAGUGGCUGCAUUGCAGAGCUUUCCCAAAAUGUAUUGUGUAUAAGUGACUAUCAUUCUGUGACAAUCCCUCUCGUUUCAACAGGCAGUAGGGGUGUUCAGUUGGAGCAAAUUAGCUUUGGCUUGAGUUGUUCAUGGGGCCUUGAUGUUGGGGAAACAGAGGCAAAUUCAGUUGUGAAAAAGUAUUAUGUAUUAAGUGUUUGAAUUUAUAUAUUUUUAUAUGUCAAAAUGAUAAUAUAAAUUACCAUUGUUUGUGAAGACUUACAUUUAAAAA